AGUAUGGGAAGCAAACCCAGUGCGCUCAGAUGUGCUCGGAGAAACUAUAAAGCUCAGUACCACUGGUGGAGCUUGGAAACGGAGUCCAAACUCUUCACUUGCAGCUAGGAAGUGAAACGCGAUGGCUUUAAACCCAGCGCAAGGACUACCCUUUUUACCUGGAAACACGUUUCGGGAUCCCACGAAGUCAUCAUUCCACCGGUCGCAGACGCUGGACUAUAAGAAUGGCUAUGCUUUGCCACGGCGCCCAAGGGUGGGCAUUGGACAGGAUCCCCUUCUUUCCAAUCAGAUCUCCCAAUCUGAGCUCAACCAGCUGGCCACCUUGUAUCCUACUCUGAUCUAUGGACAGUCUCGCCCCUCGCCCCCUGUGGACUUUAUCCCUGCACAUGUCGCCUUUGAUAAGAAGGUUUUGCGGUUUAAUGGGUACAUCAAGCAGGAGGUGGUGGGUUCUCCAGAUGAGGACUACCGUGUGCGCCCCGUGGUGAUCUGUUAUUACCUGGAGGAUGACAGCAUCGCUGUGAUGGAGCCAGUGGUGGAGAACUCUGGGAUUCCUCAGGGCAAGCUGAUUAAGAGACAACAGUUGCCCAAAAAUGAUCACGGCGAGCAUUAUCAUUGGAAAGAUCUGAACCUAGGCAUUGAUUUGUGUGUAUACGGUACUGCCUAUCGCCUCGCACACUGUGACUCCUAUACACAGGAGUUCCUAGAGAGUCAGGGGGUAGUCCUGAAUGAGCCAGAAGACAUCCCCAGUGAUCCGUACAUUGAAAGACGGGCUCAACCUCUGCGCUCCUACAUCACCCCCUCCGAUUUUGACCGUCUCAAACAAUUUUUAACCAUGGACCGUAAGGUGCUCCGGUUUUAUGCCCUGUGGGAUCACACAGACGCUCUCUAUGGGGAGACUCGCCCUGUCACAAUUCAGUACUAUCUAGUGGACGACUCAGUGGAGAUCCGGGAGGUUCAUGAGCCCAACAAUGGCAGGGACCCCUUCCCGGUUUUGCUGCGGAGACAGAGGCUGCCCAAGCAGACCCGGACCUCUGGCGACUCCUUUCCGACAUCUGUACUAGAGAUCUCAGACAAGGAGGUAGAAGAGUAUUUGUCCCCUAAGGACUUCAGGGUGGGAGAAACCAUUACCAUCAUGGGGCGCCGCUUCCUUCUAUAUAACUGUGACGAGUUCACCAGGAGCUACUACAAAGAACACUUGGGAGUGACUGAUUUCAAGCCAGUUGACGUGAACAUGAAAGAAAGUGUGGAGAAGAAGAAGGAAUUCCCUCCUUACAAUGGGUUUGGCUCCCUUGAGGACUCUGUGCAGAACUGCCUGUCCCUCAUCCCUGAGCCGCCAAAGAAGGAUCUAAUUAAGAUGUUGGAAAAUGACCACAAAGUGCUGAGAUAUGAAGCCAGACUGAAUUCUCAGAAUCCCCAGGACAAUGGACGCCGUUUUAUCCUCUCCUACUUCCUGUCUAAUGAUAUGAUCAGCAUCUUUGAACCCCCUGUCCGUAACUCUGGAAUGAUUGGAGGAAAGUUCUUGGAGAAGACACGAAUUCCCAAGCCUGGUAGCACGGUGGACAAUCCACAAUAUUACGGUCCAGAAGAUUUUGCCAUUGGAUCCACAGUAGAGGUUUUCAGACACCGUUUCAUACUGACAGAUGCAGACAUAUACGUUUUAAAGUAUCUAGAGACAAUCGCAGACCGCAUCCCGGAAGACACUCUGAACUCCUUGCGCCAAAGGUCAAAAGAUACACUUCAGCUGCAAGAACACUCAAACCAGCUAGGUAAGUUAUGCAACCUUUUUCUUUGGCUUUAUUUAGUCAAACUGCUGAAAUUAUGUUUAGAAUUAAUUUAAUAUCUUAACAUUCCA